AUGGCCCCCAUCACCCUCACCCUCCCCUCCGACUACGGCUACGUCCUCCUCGCCGCCUCCUCCACCUUCUUCAUCAACACCCUCCACGCCGUCCUCACCUCCAAAGCCCGCAAGGCCUCGGGCAUCAAGUACCCCGUCUCCUACGCCUCCAACGACCUCGCCGAAAAGGACCGCAAGGCCUACCUCUUCAACUGCGCCCAGCGCGCCCACAACAACUUCACCGAGAAUCUCACCCCCUUUCUCGGCUCCCUCCUCAUCUCUGGGCUCCAGUACCCCAAGUUUGCCGGCGCCCUCGGCGGCCUCUGGGCUUUCGCCAGGGUGUUGUUUGCCUUGGGGUAUACCAGCAAAGGACCAGAGGGGAGGAUGAUUGGUUCUCUCAUCGGCUCCCUCACCGACUUUGUCCUCAAGUUCACUGCUGCUUAUACUGCUGUUGGCUUUGCCCUUCAGUGGUGACUUUGGGAAAUGUGGGGGUUGCCGUUGAUUCAUUGGGAGAGGUCUUGGUGAUCGAUUGAGUCCGGCAGUUGAAUGUGUUAUAAGCUCUUGUUUUUUGUGAUGAGCUUGAUAGGAAAUGGUAAUUAUUUGUGGAAAAAACUAGAUGGCCGAUUUCUGACGACUGUUUGGCUCCAAGGCACAGGUGAUAUGAUACAUUCAACAACAGCUGGCAUAAUGAGAUGUACUAAAAUAGCCAGGAGAAUGUCCUAUGAUGUCUUUGAGUAUACACACAAGUAUUGUUACAGAAUGUACUAGUUACAC